UUCCUCCCACCUUUCGCACCAUCACCUUGAUAAUUUUUCUUCCAGAAUGAGUAGCUCAGAGGAGUUCGGAAGCUCAAGCUCACCCGUCAAGAAGAAGUUCCGGGGCGUUCGCCAGCGAAAAUGGGGGAAGUGGGUGUCAGAGAUCAGGGUCCCGGGCACGCAGGACCGCCUCUGGCUCGGCUCCUACGCCACCGCCGAGGCGGCCGCGGUGGCCCACGAUAUCGCAUCGUAUUGCCUGCGUGGGGGCACGUCCUUGGACGGGCUUAACUUUCCUCACGUGAUAAGUUCCAAGGUGAGGACUGAUCUGUCCCCCAGGUCGGUGCAGAAGGCUGCGUCCGACGCUGGGCUGGCGAUUGAUGCUCAGUUUGCGAUCCAAAAGUCAUCGGAGGAUGGCGCCGGAGGCUGCAGUAGAGCGCAGGGUGGGGAUCAGAUGGAGGUUUGGGGGAAUGCGGAUGAUAAUUAUGGAGCUUCACGGCAGGGGAGUGAGUUCAGAGGAGAAGAGGCAUUGAGCAUCUCCAUUGAUGAUUACCUCUAAAAUCCUACCAAUAAUAAGAAUGUACAUAUAAUAUCCCGAGAAAAUUUUAUCCGAUCGGUUUUAUUUGGA